CACUAGUUUCGAUUUCGAUUGCGUUGGUGGUCUGGAGUGCCUGAUAAGCGUAUUCAGGGCCCUUGAUAUGGGGUCCUGCUUAUCAUCAUCAUCUUCAGGGAGGAGGAGAUCCAUUCCUCCCGGUGGUUCCAACAGGAGGAGGAGGAAGAGCAGUUCCAAGAGGAGAUCUUGCAGUUCUUCUUUCGACAACACGGGAGGAGAAGAUGAGCCGCUUCUCCACAGGAUCCCUGGAAGGAUGUUCUUGAAUGGCUCUACCGAUCAUGCCUCUCUCUUCUCCCAACAGGGCAAGAAAGGUCCUAACCAGGACGCCAUGAUUGUCUGGGAGAAUUUUGGGUCGAUGGCGGACACUGUUUUUUGUGGUGUAUUUGAUGGACAUGGUCCUUAUGGUCACGUUAUAGCGAAGAGAGUCAGGGAUUUGCUUCCGCUCAAAUUAGGCUCUCACUUGGAGUCGUCCUAUGUCUCCUGCGAGGAGGUUCUUAAAGAGAUCAGCCUCAACACUGCUGACAGAAAGACCUCUGAAAGCCUUGUCCACAUCUCUGCUAAUGGAGAAUCCCGAGUCUACAAUAAGGAUCAGGAUAUGGUUCAGACACUCUUGACUUCAAUUGUUAAAGCCUACAGAUUCAUGGACAAGGAAUUGAAGAUGCAAGUGGAUGUUGAUUGUUUUUGUAGUGGAACUACUGCAGUUACUAUGGUUAAGCAGGGUCAACAUCUUGUUGUUGGAAACAUUGGGGAUUCAAGAGCGGUAUUGGGUACGAGGAACAAAGAGAAUAAACUUGUUCCUUUUCAGUUAACUGAAGAUCUCAAACCAGAUGUUCCAGCUGAAGCAGCAAGGAUAAAGAGAUGCAGAGGACGUAUAUUCGCUCUCCGGGAUGAACCGGGGGUUGCCCGCCUCUGGCUUCCUAACCACAACUCACCUGGUCUGGCCAUGGCGCGUGCUUUUGGAGAUUUUUGCCUUAAGGACUUUGGUCUCAUUUCUGUGCCUGACGUGUCUUACCGACGCCUCACUGAGAAAGAUGAAUUUGUUGUCCUGGCAACUGAUGGGAUUUGGGAUGUGUUGACGAAUGAAGAAGUAGUGGAGAUUGUAGCGAAAGCACCAACACGUUGCACAGCUGGUCGAGCCUUGGUGGAAGCUGCAGUGAGGAAUUGGAGAUGGAAGUUUCCUACUUCAAAAGUCGAUGACUGCGCUGUAGUUUGCCUCUUCCUUGACUCGAAACCAGACAAAUUAUCAACUGCUUCUUUCUCAGUGGAUAAACACAUCAGCAAUGGCCUUUCUGAACCGGACACAGCAUCAACGUCAACUCCAGGCUCAGGAACCGAAUCACCUGAGCUCAAUGGAGUCGACAGAAUCGUGAAUCUGCACAUGCACGUGCCAACCAAAGAGUAGAGAGAUAGAACAGAGGCAGGAGGUGAAAAUGUGAGAUUAGACUUUGUCUAUCUCUCUCUCCAUUUCAGUUUUUUUAGUCUCAAUGUCUCUUAUGCUCUAUGUUCCCGCCAAAAGUCUCUGUUUGUAUAUAACUCUGCCAAUACUUUUACUACGGUCUCUCUUUUUUCCCCCCCUUUUUUGUAAAUAAAUUUCUGAAGCCGCAUUUGUGUUUGUUUGAGCAAUUUUUAUACGUUAUAAACC